AUGAAAUUCACUACUUUAAUCGCUAUUGCAGGUGGUUUAAGCCAAAUCAAUGGUUUAAAUUUACCAAAUGUUUUCAAUUUACAAAAACCCUUAAAUUUACAAGAUGAGAAGUAUGUUUCAUGGAGUUCCAAUGAUAAACAACAAGAUUCUAUUUGGAAUAUUGGUAGCUUAAUCAAAUCUGGUAAUGAUGGAGUUUUCGAAAAGAUCGGUGAAUUCUUAGGUGAACCUUUAGAUAAAUUGACUAAAGAAACUAAGGAUUUAUGGUCAGAAAUGUUUUCAAAAUAUCCAACUGCUUUAUCAUCAUUAAUUAAUAAAAUUCCUGGUAAAGCUUCAAUUGAUCAAAAAUUUGAUUUCUCUGUUGAAGAUGCUAAAUUCAAAAAUCAUAAAUUAAGAGGUAAAACUGCUCCAAAAUCCUUAAACAUCGAUGAUGUUAAACAAUAUACUGGUUAUUUAGACAUUGAAGAUGAAGACAAACAUUUCUUCUAUUGGUUCUUUGAAUCAAGAAACGAUCCAAAAAAUGACCCAAUCAUUUUAUGGUUAAAUGGUGGUCCAGGUUGUUCAUCAAUGACUGGUUUAUUCUUUGAAUUAGGUCCAAGUUCAAUCGGUCCAGAUUUAAAACCAAUCAGAAAUCCUUACUCAUGGAACAACAAUGCUUCAGUUAUUUUCUUAGAUCAACCAGUUAAUGUUGGUUAUAGUUAUAGUUCAGAAAGUGUUUCUGAUACUAAAGCUGCUGCUAUUGAUGUUUUAGCUUUCUUAGAAUUAUUCUUCAAAAAAUUCCCUGAAUACAGUGAAUUGAAAUUCCACAUUGCAGGUGAAUCCUAUGCAGGUCAUUAUAUUCCAAUGAUGGCUAAAACUAUUCUUGAUGCCCCAGACAAAAACUUUGAAUUAUCAUCAGUCUUGAUUGGUAACGGUUUAACCGAUGUUUUGGUCCAAUAUAAUUAUUAUCAACCAAUGGCCUGUGGUGAAGGUGGUUAUGAAUCUGUUUUAGAACCUGAAGAAUGUCAAGCUAUGGCUGAUUCCAUUCCAAGAUGUGAAUCUUUAAUCCAAGCUUGUUAUGAUUCUGGUUCUGCUUGGGCUUGUGUUCCUGCUACUAUCUAUUGUAACAAUGCUCAAAUGGGUCCUUAUCAAAAAACUGGUAGAAAUGUUUACGAUAUCAGAACUAUGUGUAAAGGAAGUAACUUAUGUUAUGAACAAUUAGAAUACAUUGAUCAAUACUUAAACUUACCAGAAGUUAAAAACGCUGUUGGUGCUGAAGUUGAAACCUUCGAAUCAUGUAACUUCGAUAUCAACAGAAACUUCUUGUUUACUGGUGAUUGGAUGAAACCAGAUUUCAAAAAUGCUAUCAUUGAAGUCUUAGAAUCAGAAUUACCUGUCUUGAUUUAUGCUGGUGAUAAAGAUUUUAUCUGUAACUGGUUAGGUAAUCAAGCUUGGACCAAUGAAUUAGAAUGGUCAGGUUCUGUUGGAUUCUCAAGCGCUUCUGUCAAUAAAUGGAAAAACGGUAAAACUCAUGCUGGUGAUGUUAAAAACUUCAAGAAUUUCACUUUCUUAAGAGUCUUUGGUGGUGGUCAUAUGGUUCCAUAUGAUCAACCUGAAAAUUCUUUAGAUAUGGUCAACAGAUGGAUCUCUGGUGACUUUUCUUUCGGUUAUUAA